UGGGCUGAUCUCUGGGGAAGAAUGAUCCAAGACUCUUACCCAGCCAUGCCUUGUCUUUGGAACACUUUUGAUAAGAGGGUGAAGAAAGAGUCGUUGGACACUGGGCAGAUGACUUUGACUUCGGCCCAACUCAAGUACUUGGAGAUUUGCCUGAAGGAAGCAGAAGAAAAGGCGAAAGCUUUAACCGAACAGCUUGCAGUCUCUGAAGAAACUAAAGCAAAACUGCUUGAUCAAGUGUGCUGGCUAGAGAAACAACUAGAGACUAUAAACCGGAAAGAAGCCAGAGAAGAGCCAUAUGAAGAAAUGGUACUUAAGAAGGACCAGUGCAUUGAGGAGCUGCAAGCUGAAGUAAAAGCUUCCCAGGAGCAACUUAAAGCCCAUAAACUAAAGCACAGGAAGAAAGUGGAAAAGCUACAAACUGAUUUGGCCACAGCUAAGCAAGAGGCUGCCUUCACUGUCCUGGAACUCAAAGAGAAGAUAAAGAGGCUCUGUGAGGGAAAGCCAGCCCCUAGAGCAGACCAGUGGCCAGAAGAGCUAUGUGGAAAGCUCCCACCCGUGGAAGCAGGUGAUAGAAAAAUUAGCCUGAUUAUGGAGCUGUCAAGCCAACUCUCCCUUCAGACAGAGAAGAUCAGUCACUUGGAAGAAGUACUGGAGGAAAAAGAAAAGAAGAUUCAGGAACUAGAAGCCGAGCGGUGCUCCUACAUGGCCCAAGAGACAACAGCCCCUACAGAAUGUAAUCUAUUCUCAGGCUGGGGAUGGUGUUCAGAAGUAGAGCGCCUGCCUAACCCUUUUGAAGCCCUCGGUUCAGCUUCUACAGCUACAAAAGAAGUAAAAAGAUUAACGAACAUAUUUUCUUCACGGAAAGCACUUACAGAAAGCCUACAGGUAACAUCAUACUGGAUAAUGGAAGCCCGAAUGCGUUCUCCAGAAGACUGGGAACAACGCAAAGCUGUUCCGUUUCACCACAAUUGUUCAUCAGAAUGCUGGAAGUUAAGCACAGAAAGUACAAUUCGAUUAGAAGAGGAAAUCAAAGGAGUGGAUAUGGAAAAGAAGAAACAAGACUGUCCUCUUUAG